AAAAAGCCAGCCCAGCAUGUCUUGUCGUCCUCGACUUGGCGCCCAUUUGUAACCGGCUUUUAUACUUUAAUUUUAGUUUCACUUAUUACGCCUUUACAGUUCGGUUCCGUUUUUCAUAUUAGACGUGCUACGAUGUCUUCUAAUGGUACCAACGGUGAGGAUACAGAAAUGGCGGAGUGCGAGGGGGAAAAAAUAGUAACAAUGAUGGACGUACUUCAAGAACAACAGGAAUUCGAAGAAGACGCUAAUGCCGUUCUUGGAGCUUCAGACGACAAAAACUGUACAUACAGUAAGGGAUAUAUAAAACGCCAAGCUGUCUAUGCAUGCCUGACUUGCUGCAACGAUGCCAAAAAUGACCUAGACAAGCGUGCUGGUGUGUGUCUUGCCUGCAGUUUGACAUGCCAUGAGAACCAUGACCUUGUAGAGCUCUAUACCAAACGCAACUUCCGCUGUGACUGUGGGAAUCCCAAGUUUAACCACCCCUGUCAAUAUACUGAAAACAAGACAUAUCUCAAUGAUGAAAAUAUUUACAACCAGAAUUUUAGUGGUCUCUAUUGCACCUGCCACCGACCCUAUCCGGAUCCAGAUGGAGUUGAAGAAGAGAUGAUUCAAUGCAUAGUAUGUGAAGACUGGCUUCAUUCUUCACACUUAGAAGCUACUGUACCUUCCCCUGAGCUAUAUGCUGAAAUGAUUUGCAAAGCUUGCAUGGAUAAUAAUGAAUUUCUCCAUGAUUAUAGUAAAUAUGCUGUUAAUGGUGAUGUUGAUGUAGUGAGUAUCACUGAGUCUGAUGAUUCCAAGGGCUGCAAUGGAGAUACUAAUGAGGUGAAUGGAGUGAGUAUCACUGAGUCUGAUGAUUCCAAACGCUGCAAUGGAGAUACUAAUGAGGUGAAUGGAGUGAGUAUCACUGAGUCUGAUGAUUCCAAACGCUGCAAUGGAGAUACAAAUGAGGUGAAUGGAGCUAAUGAUUCUGGCAUAUUGACAAAAGUUGAUAAUCCCACUGAAGCUACAGAUACCAAUCAUUAUACUAUUGACGAAAAUAACCUAAAAGAUCAAAUAGAUCCAAAUCUGCCAGUCACUGGGAAAUCUGAUGAUGAAAAUCCAACUACUGAGAAAACUGAUGAAGUUCAAGCUGAGCCUGUUAAAACCUCUGAUGAAAAUACUAUGAAGAAUGACCCAGCCGAUGAUGCUGCAAACCUCACUGAAGAAAGCCAAGCUAAAGACAAUCAAGACGAGAAGCCAUCUUCUAAUGAAAUUUCGGAUAAUAAGUUAGGGGACAAUGGAAACUCUGCUGUUAGUUCUAAAGACCAAGAAAACACAGAUACAACUAAUAAUAAAGGUGAUGGUACUACUGAUGUCACUGAACAACAAGACCCUGCUAAUACUUCUCAGGGGUCUAAUGCAUGUGAUGUCAAUGGCGAUCAACCAACAGAAGUUAAGACUGAAGAAAAACAAGAUCUUGCUGACUCGAGUCAGGUGAGUGCUGAUAAUACAAAUGUUGAAACUUUACAAGUAACCAAUAACCAUUUAGGAGAUGAAAACACUAAGGAAAAUAAGCGAAAAUUAUCUACAGAGGAAUCUUCACUUGAUGUUUCUGCCAAAAAACCAAAAUUAAGAGAAAGUGAUUGCAUUAGGCCACAAGGUGCAAGGAAAAUGUUCAAAGGCGCUACAUUUUGGCCGAGCCAUUUCCGACAAAAAUUGUGCACUUGUAAUAAAUGCAUUACCAUGUACAAGGACUUGUCUGUUUUGUUCCUAAUAGACCCUGAAGAUACAGUUACUGCUUAUGAAGUUUUAGGCAAGGAAAAAACUGAUGGUACUGCAUCUACUCAGUAUGAGAAAGGCCUCGAAGCAUUAUCAUCUCUAGGAAGAAUUCAACAAAUUAAUGCUUUGACAGAGUAUAACAAGAUGAGAGAUAAGUUACUUGAUUUUCUCAAAAGCUUUAAAGAUAGAAAGGAAGUUGUCAAGGAAGAAGAUAUAAAGGCCUUCUUUGCAGGUAUGAAACCAAAAAGAGAGCCAGAUGGUGUGUAUUUCUGCAGAUAAAUUUUUAUUCAAAUAGUGACCAUUU